CUCGACCAUUGUCACUCCCUCUCCUGGCUUGUCCCCAAGAGGUGAAAAGAUGGCGACAGAAAACAUCUCAGAAAGCAACGAGGGAAAUGCGGCUCUUCUGCAGAAGGACUCAGGCGAGGACGAGAGAGAGCGACAUGACAUUGUCGUCAAAGCAAAGGAAUCAAAGUUAACACUAUACCACUGGACGCAGUCGUUUAAUUCACAGAAGGUGCGUCUGGCCAUAGCAGAGAAAGGUUUGCGCUGCGUCGAGUAUGAUGUGAGCUUACCACUCAGCGAGCACAAUGAGCCGUGGUUCAUGCGUCUCAAUCCCACUGGCGAGGUGCCGGUCCUGGUCCAUGAUGACAAUGUAAUCUGUGACCCCACACAGAUCAUGGACUACUUGGAGCAAAACUUCAGUGAUGAGGGCACUCCUAGACUGAUACCUGAGGAGGGAAGCACAUAUUACCACAGAGUGCAGCAUUACAGAGAGCUGCUGGACUCACUACAGAUGGAUGCCUACACCCACGGCUGCAUCCUGCACCCUGAGAUCACUGUGGAUUCGCACAUACCAGCUUAUGCUGCCACAAGCAUACGGACGCAGAUCUUAAACAUGGAGUCGGAGCUGAAGAAGCUGGCAGAAGAGAACCCGGAGCUCAAAGAUGCUUACGUAGCCAAGCAGAGGCGCUUAAAGUCCAAGUUGUUUGACCACGACAACAUGAAGUACCUGAAAAAGCUUCUGGAUGAACUAGAGAGUGUGAUGGACCAGGUGGAGACUGAGCUGCAGAGGCGGGUGGAAGAAACACCAGAAGAAAACAGUCAGUCUUGGCUGUGCGGCGAGUUCUUCAGCAUGGCCGACGUCUCCCUAGCCGUCACCCUGCACCGCCUCAAGUUCCUCGGCUUGUCCCGGCGCUACUGGGGCAACGGCAGCCGCGCCAACCUUGAGGGCUAUUACGAGCGCGUGCUGGAGCGGCCGGCCUUCAGGAGGGUGCUGGGCCAUGUCAACAACAUCCUGAUUUCGGCCGUGCUUCCCGUGGCCUUUCGCAUUGCCCGGAAGAACGCACCAGCCAUUGCCGGCACCACCGUGUUGAUCGGCGUGUUGGGCGGCGCCGUGUACCUGGCCUUUCUUUACAUGAAGAGGAGAUUGCUUCUGUCCAGUUGGGGAGGCUGGAGCUGAAUUCAUGGUGUAGCACACUCUCUGCACAUUUAAAAUAAUUGCACAUUAUACAGUACUGUGCAGAAGGCCACAGCUGGCUUUGUUGUUGUUGUUGUUUUCUACAUAGUAAAACAGCAUAUAAUAUAUUGUUUGCAGAAUUACACAGAAAGUACAAUGUAACAAAAACACACCACUCUAUUUCGAGGAUCUGCUUAAAGGUACUACUACAUAGUAGUAGUACAGUAAAUAUAUUUUAUGGAACAGUUAUAAUCAUCUGUUUACUAUACUACAGAAACCAAGAAGUAGCCCACUCACACAUAACACAAAAAUAACACACCCCAUUAUUACAACAUUGAAACAAAUCUGACUUUUGCACAGUACUCUAUGCAAUUAAAUAUAUCUUAGUGCAAAGCAGUCCACUGUAUGCAACAACAAGUGUAGUAAAAAUGCUCAAAUCAGCUGAAAAAACAACAAGCUACUUUGUGGUUAGUGAUAGGACAAACAUGUAUCAAUUUUAAUUCAAUUUAAAUGUAUCCCUGGUUUAAUUCAAGCUGAGUAUUGUUUUAACAAGCCAUAAAAAUGCACCUGAAUACACCA